AUGGGGCUACAGGGGCUUCUUUUUAUCUCUCUCCUCUUGUUUUCUUUCCCUACUUCCGAAGCAGACCCUGGGUCGUAUCGCAGAAGGAAUUAUCCUGCAAAAUCUGCUGUACUCAAUGGAAAGGAAAACACAGUGGAAGAAUUGGCCAGUGAUGAAGUCACUGCCUCUGAUUUGGAACUCGUGAAUGUGGCUAAUUAUGGUGCCAAAGGGGAUGGAAGUGAUGCUACAGAGGCAUUUAACAACGGUUGGAAGAAAGUGUGUUCUUCAUCCUCUUCAGCCGCGCUCAUGGUGCCUGCUAACGAGAACUACCUCCUGAAACCAAUCAUCUUUUCUGGGCCUUGCAGAUCAAAUGUUUCAGUGAUGAUCAAGGGAACACUACAAGCUUCCUCCGACCAAUCGGAUUGGGAUGGAGCAGACGGUAGGCACUGGAUCCUAUUUGCAGGCAUAAACAAUCUCCAUGUGGCAGGUGGAGGAACCAUCAAUGGCAAUGGCCAGAUCUGGUGGAAGAACUCUUGCAAGAUCAAUAAAUCUCUUCCAUGCAAGGAUGCUCCAACUGCGAUAACCUUUUAUUCUACCAGUAACUUGGUGGUUGAGAACCUGAAGGUGACAAAUAGCCAACAGAUCCAUGUACAGUUCGAGAAAUGUACAAAUGUUAGAGCAUCCCAUCUCACCAUUAAUUCACCGAGUAACAGUCCAAACACCGAUGGAAUCCAUAUCACAAGCACUCGCGACAUAAACAUAGACCACUGUAACAUUGGAACAGGUGAUGACUGCAUAUCAAUUGUAAAUGGGGCUCAAACUGUCAAAGCAAUGAACAUUGCUUGUGGUCCAGGACACGGAAUCAGUAUUGGAAGUCUUGGAGCCCAGAACUCAGAAGACCACGUAUCAGACGUGACAAUUGACACGGCUCAGUUAACGGGUACAACCAGUGGGCUCAGAAUCAAGACUUGGCAGGGAGGAAAAGGCUACGCAAGACACAUUCGAUUUCAAAAUGUCAACAUGAAGAAUGUACAAAACCCAAUAGUCAUAGAUCAAAAUUAUUGUGACUCAGAAAAACCUUGUUAUGAACAGAAAUCAGCAGUGCUCGUAAGUGAUGUCACAUACAAGAACAUUAAAGGAACAAUUGCUUCAGAUACAAAGAUCGACUUCAAAUGCAGCAAAAGUGUUCCAUGCCAAGAGAUAACAUUGGAGGAUAUCAAUUUAGUUAAAGCAGAUGGAGGAAUCACAAAAAGUUCAUGCAGCAAUGUGAGAUGGUCACAAAAAGGGGUUCUCAGCCCUUCCACUUGUGCUUGAUCGGAUGAUGGCAUGAUGAAAAGGGAACUAUUUGCUAGUACAAUCAUUUUUGGUAUUGUAUUUGCAUAAGUUUGGUGGACAGAUUCCACUAUCUUCACAUUAGGAAGGGAAAUUCCUUGUAGUUUGCUAAUUUUAUUUGAUUUAAAUUUAGAUGGUUUUUGUAUUUCCUUAUAUAAUUAUUUGUAUGUACUUGUAGAUUCAGUAAAUUGCAUGUGAUAGAAUAAAUUAC